AUGGGAAUAGGAACCGAUAACGCUUCUGUGAUGGUGGGGAUAAACAAUGGAGUCUUUAAAAUUCUCAAAGAAGAGUAUAAUCUUCACCAUUUAAUUUUGACUCUAUACAACUACCUAGCUGUUUCACAUACUUACCAAGAGGCUAUAGAGACAAUUAAACGAAACAAAACUGUCGCACGCAUAGUGCACCUUGCAGAAGCAUUUUGUCUGAUACCAGAAGAUAUUGAUAAAGUGCUCGUACAAUAUAGAAAUAUCGGAGAACACGAGUGGGAAAACAAAGAUGACACCAUCAAAUUUUGGUGCGAAGUUCUCCAAUGCAAGGAUGCUGCUGGAAACAACUUAUAUCAAGAGCUUGGAAAUUUGGCAAAAUAA